AUGUCUUUGCAUCGUCAACGAUCGCGCGCCCGUAUGGGUGUUAACCGAGCUAGCACUAUACCGAUUGUCAAUACACCUCACCAAGAUGUCAAUACGACGGCAGGGUCGACAAUCUACUCACCUUCCAUUGAGGAAUCACUGCAAGACUGGCUCUCUCGAAGUAUAUCAGAAGCAAGCCAUUCACCCACUAUUCUCGAUUCGACAUGUUGUUGCUGUGGACACCUUGAAUGCGAUUCGUUUGAGAAACUGACAGCUAGUGUGCGAAAGUUGGAGGGAGACGCUCGUCUUGCUGCUGAAAUCGGGCAAAGCCUACUUCACAAGCAUGAGACUUUUGUGGUGGAAUCAAAUCAAAUCAAGGAUGCUUUGGAACAAGAGCUUGAAGAAUCACGCGAAAAGCAACGACAGCUGGAACAACUCCUCGAGGAUGCAGACAAUACAAGAAAGGAACUCAUUGAAAAGAACAACAAAAUGACCUGGGAGCUACAAAAGACUGAAAAGACGCUGCGUGAAACCGUAUCAGAUUUGGAGGUAGCCAAUGCACGCUGUGUACAGCUUUCCAACGACCUGAAGGCUGAGACGAUUGAAGUCGACAAACUUCGGAUAUUUAAGUUCAUGGUACGGCAAGCAGACAUUCGUGAAGAGAGUCUACGUGCAAAGUUGGAGGAUACAAAGCAAGAGCUGGCUAUUUCACGCAAAGCGGAAUUGACAUUGGAAUCCAAGCACAAGAAGCUGAAGACAAGAUAUGAAACGGUGUGCAGUUCAUAUGAGAGACUUAAGACAAGCCAUCAGGAGCUCGGAAUCACACCCGAUGACAAGCAACUCAACUUGGCUUGGCUACGAGAGUCGAAUGAGAAGCUGCGGAAUGAUGUGCUUAAGCUGACAUCAGCCAUGGCCAUUCCACAAGCAGCAGCGACAGCAUUGGGAGAGGAGGAGACCCAACAGCUGAGCCAGAGUCAACAACAACAACAAUCACCACAGCUGAUCACGCUUAUCAAGGAACUUGCAUCUGCCAAUAGCAAACUCAAAAGCGACUUGAUUGAAUGCCGCGAAUUGUUAUCUGAUACACGCCAUGAAGUGAUUACGCUCAAUUGCCGCAUUGAAGAGUUGGAGAGAGGAGGCAGUCCAAUGGAAGAACAACAACAAUUGGAUGAUUGGAUAGGACAACAUCCCACAUCUACGACUGAAAAGAGUAGCAGCAGCACAUGUCAACAUCAAAUGCAUGAUGACGAAGAGGCUCGGUAUCUAAGCAUCUCAGCACCCAACAACGAUCAGAACAAUCACGCGAUGAAUACCUCUCGUUGGAGACUACGCAAACACCAAGGCAACAAACCACCACGGAUAUUACGUCGUUCUACAACUAUCAUCAAUGCCAGAGAUUCAUCACAAUCCACUCCUCCUCCAUCUUCCAAUUUGAGACAAGCGCCAUCACCCGCUUCAUCAGCAUCCAUGCCUACUCGUAGCCGUGCGACAUCAGUAGUACACCAUCAUUUCCAUUUGCAUAUGCAUCAGCAGCAUCAGCAGCAGCAACAACAACAACAGCAACAGCAUGUGUCAGCCUCACCUCCCUAUCAACAACAUGAAAAGGACGCAUCAUCAUCAUCUUCACCUCCAUCACCACCUGUUUUGGAAGAAGACAGUGAUAAUGUUGUGGUUGCACAGCAGCACCAUCAGCAUCAGCAGCAGCACCAAAUGCCCAUCAUGAAAAACUCCAUCUCUUUAACAUCUCAAGCUACCACUGCUGGUACCCUUGCUAGCGAGCCCAUUGCUGAAGAGGAUGAUGGUGGCACCAACAGCACACCGUAUCACAUGUUACAGACCCACAUUGCUCAAACUUUGGAACGUUUACGAGCCACCGAUAUCCGAGCCCUGAAUCGACGACUACGCCGUGCCUUUGAUAUCAUUGAACUAAGCACCAUGAGCAAUUCGAUCAUUGAAAAUAUUCUUGAGGACAUUGAAAACCUUCGAGAUCGCUUUACAUGGGUUGAUCAACAAGAUGAAGAAGUUUGGCGACACGAUGUAUCCAUGGAGGAUUUCUUUCCAACAAUGCGUGCCAUUCAAGAUAUCCUAUGUGAAGUGGGUCAGCUCCGUAUCACCAUGAAUGAUCUUCAAGUGGAGUAUGUCAACAAGGUCAAGGAGAGAGACAUUCGUGCUGAAGAAGAGGUCUUGAAGAAACGUGAAAGUCGACGUGCAGCAGCGGCAGCAGCGGCAGCAGAACGAGGUGCCUUAGCUUGGCUCACCAGUGUGUUUCAAUUGGGUGGUCAUGGCAACAAUGGUGGUGGUGGUGGAGCAACAGCAGCAGUAGUAGUAUCACAGCAACAUGAUCCAUCAUCAAGAGAUAAGACGUUGGUGCGUUCAAUAUCGCAUGAAUCCAUCACUGCAAAAUACAUCAAUGAUCGACCUUCAUCUUCAUCAGCAGCAAAGCCAACCGUGAUUCGUCGCAAAAGAAGUGAUUUGGAUCGCUAUGGUCCACCGUCGAGCUUCCCAAGGACACGUAGUAGUCAUGGUGGUGGUGGUAGUGGUGCAAGUACAAGUCAACCUCGUCCAAUACCCUAUCCAUCCUUACGCACGUCACGUAGUGCAGGAGGUGGUGGAUCAUCCUCAUCAUCCUCGGUAAGACGAUCCCGAUCACUGCAGGUCCCAGCACUUGAAUAUGCAGCCGUGCGGCGUAAAAAGAGUCAUGCCCUGGGUCUUAAUGCCUCCAUCGUUGACAUUGGUGCUCGUGGUACAUCGCCUGACAUUGACGGUGAUUGGAAAGUGGGUGGUACCACCUUUGGUGCCACCAACUGGCUAGGCAGCAAGUGA